AUGUUCAAUGUCAUAGCGCUUGCCGGCACUAAAGAAAUCUCAAAGAUUUUUUUACAGUUCAACCCAAUACAGGUUUUCUGUAUGUUCGCCAGAAUCUUUAAAACGUCUUCGAAAGAGGAUCUUCAGGCGGACGAUCCAUUGACUCCUAGUCAGCAAUUGCGCGACGAAAGUAGAAGAACUAGAAGUAUGGUUACUACGCGGGGUAGAGCUCGAGAAUUGGCAGAUAGUCCCUCAGUGAAUGGAGAUGGAGAUUCUAUAAUCAUCGAUGAGGGUACUCCAGUUCCAAAAAGGAGAGGGCGACCGCGCAAAUCGCUUCCUCUUGAGGAUGAUGAGGUUGCUGCCACUCCGCGACCUACGAGAAACUCGAAAAAGUUGUCGGCACAGGCAAGCGAAGAAGAAGCUACAUCUAUACAAUCACCGCAAGUAAUGGAAGAAAUACCCAAUUCUGCAGAAGAAUCGGAGGAUGCGCAGGUUAUUGAAGCAGAUGAGGAGGUAAUCAAGACAUCGAAAGCCAAUGGAGAUGUUUCUACUCUUUCGAAAAUCACUACCACUGUCACAACGCCAGUUGCGAAGAAGCAUAAGCGAUUCGAUAGCGCAGAGCCUGAGCCUGAGCCUGAGCCAGUAACAGAAGAAAAAUCCGAAAGAAUUGAAGCUGAGCAGGAGGAGGAAGAAGAGAGUAGCGAUGAUGAUGCCCCGCAGGAAGUAACUACAAAUGAGGCUGCGAAAUCCGUCAAGGAAAAGGAAAGAGAAGCAAUAAAAGCAAUUGAGGAACAAGAAGCUGCCUCCAAGAAGAAGCGCCAGGAGAAAGCCGCAAAUCUUAAACGUCAAGCAGAGAUCUCUAGCAAGAAGCGCAAGUUGGAUGUUGCAUCCGGACAAGACGAAAUGUUACCUCCCGCUCAGAAAUCGAAGGUCGAGAUCGCAUCAACCACAGAGAAGGCAGACAUCGAUAUGGACGAGGAAUCGAAUACUCUAGAAGGAGAAGGAACGGCAGAUGGACGACUGGACUCCGAGGACGACAUUGAAGAAAUAAACAGAACUUUCGCAAUACCCGGGCAAGUUCCACUUCCAGACCUUCUGCCGGCUGAAUUUUUAGAAGAUGAUGACGGUGAUAGCCCAGAGCCUGGACGUCUUCACUCGAGCCUACCCACAAGAUCUGUCAAGCCAGACAAGUUACGACGCCUUCUGGAGAAAAAGCCAAAAGAUAAACGGGUUGGUUCAACUACAUUCAGAGUUGCGGAAAAUCGAAAUCCACUUUUACCUCCUAAAGCAUCAAAUCAAGCACGCUUGCUAAAGGAAUCGUGGUUACAAGGUCGGGCAGGAACUAAGAUCAAGCCAAACCGCAAGCCCUUCAGCCAAGGUUUUAUCAAGACCAAGAAAUAGAGUGGAAACUGUGCUGGCGAUUGCGACGGUAAGAAUGAGGGAAUUGGCUUUUUGUGCGGCGUCAUUCAUCAGGGGGCGAGAACAAUACGGAGAAGAGACUGAUCAGGGGAACAUGCAGCGGAGGAGAAACUACCAAAAAUAACGGUCAUUUCGAAGAAAUCAGGGUCUGGAAAUACAACAUUGGUGUUUGGCUAGGGCUGGCGCAUCUGAAUAAAGGAUUAUUGAGUGAUUCCCAACUUUGUUGAAUGAAAAUCCAGUAGCAUAGAAGUCCCGGGAAAUAUUUAAAUUUGAUUACA